GAAAAAAAUUCCUCCAUACAUGGCAAAGACCCUUCCUGGCCAUCCAAUCUCUCUUAAAAAGUCAUGCCUUUUAAGUUUCUUCUUCCAAAUUCUCCACUAAAUCUCCCUCUCACCAAAUCUCUUCCCCUGUUUUCUCCUCUUUUCUUUUCAGUGCAUCUCCUUUGCUCCUCAGUCAUCCAUUCCACCAGCAUUCAGUAGAGUCACUCAAUAUGUCCUCCUUUUAACUUUCUUGGUUUGUUGUUAAACUCUAUGAUUCUGUGUUCAGGACCUAUUAACUGAGUUCCAUGACGCAAGGUGAAAGUGUAAUUAGUCCUGAAGGGGAGAUUCAGAUAAGUUUUGGCUAUCAAUGCAAUGGCCACAAAGCUAGAACUUUCCGGAUUUUCAAUGGAUGUGAAAUCCUCCCUGGAAGUAAACUGCCUCGGGUGAGCAGUUUCUCUUGUCUGUCUGGUGCUGCCUUAAGUGCAAAUGCCACAUUGGCCAACACCAAUAUCUGCAAUGGUCUAAUAGGAGAGGAGAUUCUUCCUAGUCUGGACUCUCCUAAUUCAUUUCGCAAGGUUUCAUCUUCUCCAAGGCUGGAUAUAUUGUCAUCUUCUCUCCAAAGCUGCCUUUCAAACUUAAGUUGCAGCUUACAAAGUCCCACUGAUCCAACUGAAAAUGAUUCUUACUUACUAAAAUACAUGAGUGCUCCUUCUAGAAGCGAUAGUUUCCUUAAUGCUAUGGAAGUGCAAGUGGCAGGUGGAGCUGCUGGUGAAGACAGGGUUCAAGCUGUUUGUUCUGAAGAAAAUGGAUGGCUCUUUUGUGCAGUCUAUGAUGGUUUCAAUGGAAGAGAUGCGGCUGACUUUCUGGCUGGGACAUUCUAUGAAACUAUCUUUAACCUUAAUUUAUUGGAUUGGGAAAAGAAGCAGGAUGGCACUAGAGCAUCUUAUGGUUGGGAUGUGGAUGAACCUCUCCAAUAUGGUAAUGAGGAGAGAACUCCUUCAAAUAUUGAAAACAAUGGUUAUGCAAGUGCUGACAAUUUCAUCAAGAAAAAUGAAAAUCCUGAAAUGGAGGUAUCUUCUGCUUCAUUUAGGCAUGGUGUGCUUGAUAGCCUCCAACAUGCUCUAAAUCAGGCAGAGAAUGAUUUCUUGCACAUGGUAGAGCAGGAAAUGGAGGAUCGGCCUGAUUUAGUUUCAGUGGGAUCCUGUGUUUUGGUUAUGCUUCUUCAUGGAAAAGAUCUGUAUAUGCUCAAUCUAGGUGACAGUCGAGUUGUGUUGGCAACAUUUGGUAAAGGCAGUGACACAGGUGGGAACGAAAGAUUGGAAGCUGUUCAGCUCACUGAUAUUCACACUGUUGAGAGUGAAGUUGAAAGAACUAGACUCUUGCGUGAUCAUCCUGAUGACUCUUCAUGCAUUGUGGCUGGAAAAGUGAAAGGAAAAUUGAAGGUUACUCGUGCUUUUGGAGUUGGUUACUUGAAAAAGAAAAACCUGAACGAUGCACUGAUGGGUAUUCUUCGAGUUCGUAAUCUCAUUAGCCCUCCGUAUGUGUCUAUUGAGCCAUCACUGAAAUUGCACAGAAUCUCAAAAUCUGAUCACUUCCUUAUAGCUGGGAGUGAUGGUUUAUUUGACUUCUUCAGCAAUGAAGAGGCCGUGAAGCUUGUCCAUUCUUACAUCUUGAGCAACCCUUCAGGCGAUCCAGCAAAGUUUCUAGUGGAGGAGCUUGUGAUUAGAGCAGCCAGUGCUGCAGGUUUCAGUAAGGAAGAAUUGAUGAACAUUCCAGCUGGAAGGAGAAGGAAAUAUCAUGACGAUGUUACUGUAAUAGUGAUCAUGCUCGGAACCAAUCAGCGCACUUCUAAGGCAUCAACUCGUGCAUGAGUUUUAUGUUGCUGCUUUCUUCUUUGCAAGAGUAGCUAUAUUUUUCAGUUGUACAUAUUUUUCCUCAGAAACUCUAUAUUUGUCCAAACUUCACUCAAAAUUAGCAUGAGAAUGCUCACAUUUCCUUGGCUGAAAAUUCCAGAGUUAACAAUGUUUGUGAACAAAUAACCCCAAGCAAUUAGUUGCUACAAGAGAUGAAAUUCAUCUUCCCUUGAUGAAUGCUUUUAUAUUUGACAUUUAUUUUCCU